AUGCAAUGGAAGGACCAUCAACUCCUCCUUGGCUUUGCGUCUGGCCUUGUCGUAGCUGCCCUCAUUGACCAGCUCCGUCAGCGCUACACAUCAUCCCCAUCAAAAUCAAGUCGUCUAUCGAAGACCAAUCCAUCUUCGCCAAGCCAAUCGCCCCGUCCAGCAGGCUCGGGUAUUGAGUCCACAAUUGGAAAUACACCUCUCAUUGAAAUACCGUCCCUCUCCGCGGCAACCGGAUGCACUAUCCUUGCAAAAUGCGAAUUUCUCAACGGGGCCGGCAAUAGUCCCAAAGAUCGCGUGGCACUGAGCAUCAUCGACCGCGCCGAAGCCGAUGGGCUUUUGGUUCCGUACUCCGGCGACACAGUGUACGAAGGAACCGUGGGUUCAACUGGUAUCUCGCUCGCGACCUUGUGCCGCGCUCGAGGCCACCUCGCGUACAUCUGCAUGCCGAGUGACCAAAGCCAUGAAAAAUCGAAUCUCUUGCUUAAGCUCGGCGCCGUGGUCGAGCGACUAUCUCCAGCCCCGAUCGUCGACCCGGGCCAUUUCGUCAACCGGGCCCGAAAUCUGGCGCGAGAGCACACGAAUGACCCCAAUAGGGAGGGUAGGGGCUACUUUGCCAACCAGUUCGAGACAGAGGCGAACUGGCGCGCACAUUACGAGGGAACAGGGCCUGAGAUCUAUGCGCAAGCCAAUGGACGAAUCGAUGCAUUUGUUGCCGGCGCCGGAACUGGCGGCACCGUGUCUGGGGUGGCCAUGUUUCUCAAAGAGUGUCUGUCGCGAGUUCAGGUUGUGCUCGCCGAUCCCCAGGGCAGUGGUCUGUACAAUAAGAUCCAGCAUGGGGUCAUGUUUCACAGUCUAGAAAGAGAAGGGACUCGGAGACGGGAUCAAGUCGAUUCCAUCGUGGAGGGCAUUGGGCUGACGCGCUCCACAGCCAAUUUCGAACAGGGCAGAGAAUUGAUUGAUGAUGCCGUCAAGGUCACAGAUACUCAGGCAAUGAAUAUGGCGAGGUGGUUAGUGGAACGUGAAGGGAUAUUCAUUGGAAGCAGCAGUGCGGUCAAUUGUGUUGCUGCUCUUGAAACGGCCUUCAAGCUCGGCCCUGGUCAUCGAGUCGUAACGAUUCUCUGUGACUCGGGUCUGCGCCAUCUUUCCAAAUUCUGGGCUCAGGUAGGUGAUGUUGGAGGGGAAGCAAGAACGACCAUCGAGGAUAUCCGUCAAGGCAGAUCCCUGAGCUGA